CUCCCGAAAGGGAAUUUUUGUGUUUUGGGGUUGGUAGCUGUGAGUCGCACGCCGCUAUCCGCUCUGUCAGUUGUGAGUGAGAGAGAGCGUCCAAUCAUUCUGCUGCGUUGCAUUUGAUAUCACAGAUCACCUGACAACGUCAACAUGAAUAACAAGAACUAGCCGGUCCAUUAUUUUUGUUUGACUAAACAUCAAGCUACGAGCUUUCAAACUUGAAAAUUCUUUCAAGUUUUCGGGUUGAUUUGAAGGGCUUUUCAUGUCUUCGAACAGUACAAAUGGGUUUUUGUGGCGUGGUGGCCCUGAGUCACUUAUUCGCGAGGUUUUUGCCAGACAGCCGAUUUGGGACCUGAGGAGCCACGCUCAUCAUAACCGAGAGUUGGUCGCCAGACUCUGGGAAGAGAUUUCUGACAUCCUAAAAGCGCCAACCGACACAAUCAAAACAAAAUGGAAACACCUGAGGGACAACUUCCGUACCGAGCUGAAGAAAACUGUGAGAGGGGCUGCCGACCCCGUCAAACCCUACCAGUCACAGUGGACCUACUUCAACGAUCUGCUCUUCCUCAGGGAGCAGAUGAUGCGCAAGAUCACACACAACACGACCGCCACUGCGCAGCUGGGCAACGACAACGAUAACGACCUUGAUGACGGACUGGUGUCGUUGGCGGUCGAAAGCGAAAUGGUCACCGAUGAAGGAAGACUGGUCGAACGACAUCCCAACUUCUUCGGACACUCGCUUUUCGACGAUAACAAUUCCGAUGUGUUCGAAAACGCCACCGACCACCUGUGGCCGUCCCAAGAAUCAUCCAGAAAACGCAAGAACUACCAACCCCCCGAAGAUGAGUUCACCACCCACCACUACCCAAAAGUGAACGUUCUAGAACGACUACCAUCCACCUUCAACUACGACGACACAACUAACGAUGACGAUUACCAUUUUUUGAUGAGUUUGCUGCCCUAUGUGAAGUCGUUGUCGCUCGCUAAGAAAAUGCAUCUACGCCUCAAACUGCAGGAGGUCGUUUGUGAGUUUAUCUACGAUAUUAAAAUACCGAAAGACGGUUGUAGAAACCAGAGAGGUAAAAAGAACGAAAAUAGUUCCAAUCGUGGAGUGAGGGUUAAAACGGAGAAUAAUGAUAAUUAGUUACUAAAAUCUCAAUUUAUUAACCAAUUAUCAUAUUAUUUUUCAUCUGUGUUACCCAUCAAAGUUCAAUUGAUUUGAAAAUUGAAGGGUUUCAAAUUGCGUGCGAAAGGUUUUGUUAUAUUGUUUGUUUAUGCUGAGUGUGAACACAUUUGAAGUUCCAGCUUUCUGUUAGCAUUCAUAGUAAUAGACUUUCAAUUAUUGUUUUGUUGAUAACUGAAUUGAAACAGUAACUGAACUGAACUGAUUAUUAAUGUGAUACCAAUAUAUGUUUUAUAUUUAUUACUGAGACUGAUUUCAAAGGAGAUGAAAUUUCUGGAUUCAAAAUCUUUUCUUAACCAUCAAUAGUUCUUACACAUCGAGUAUCAUGGAGUAUUUUAUAUUUCUGUUACCUCAGUAAUUUUAUAUUUCUGUGCUAAGGACAUUACCGUACUGAAAUGCACGAUUUACAGUAUUUUUUAUUUAGUUUUACCAUGAUUUAUUUUUGUUUUCUAAAUGUUUAUUUUUAUAUUGGAAAGCUUCAGAAAAAAUGGAUUCGCCAUCCACGUAUUGCUUUCAUGUGAGAAUGAUUAUUUUUAGACAUAAAGGAUUAUUGCUUGCUCAAAACUCUAUUUGUUAAAAAGUCUAUUUAAAUAUAAACAUGAUAAUGACAUGAACUGUGUAAAUCAAUUGAUGGUUUUUGAAAUAGAUUCAACAUCAAUGAAACCAUAUUUGUUAGAGCGAUACUUUUUUAAUAAACCUGUACGAUUCAAUAUUU